GUCAACAUGAGCGAUAACAAGCAACAAACAACUGACGUUCAAAAGCAAGAAGCUGGCGAAAGAAGAGGAAGAAACACCUUCGGUCAAAAGGGUGGUGAUAGAAGAAAGAGAGGUCCAAAGAGAGGUCCAAGAAAGGACGAAAGCGGCUCAUGGGUCCCAACCACCAAGCUCGGUAGAUUGGUCAAGGAAGGUAAGGUCAAGGAUAUUAGAGACAUCUUUGUCCACUCUAUCCCAGUCAAGGAACACCAAAUCAUUGAUCACUUCUUGGGUUCAAAGUUGUCUGAUGAAGUCAUGAGAAUUUCUCCAGUCCAAAAGCAAACUACUGCUGGUCAAAGAACUCGUUUCAAGGCUGUCGUUGUUGUUGGUGACUCCGUCCAACACUGUGGUUUGGGUAUCAAGGUUGCUUCUGAAGUUGCUACUGCUAUCAGAGGUGCCAUCAUUUUGGCUAAGUUGUCCAUUGUUCCAACCAGAAAGGGUUACUGGGGUAACAAGAUCGGUGAACCACACACUGUUCCAUGUAAAUUGACUGGUAAGUGCGGUUCCGUCAGAGUCAGAUUGGUUCCUGCUCCUCGUGGUUCUGGUUUGGUUGCUUCCCCUGUUCCAAAGAAGCUCUUGUCAUUGGGUGGUUAUUCUGAUGUUUUCACUUCAUCUGUUGGUAACACCAAGACUCUUGCUAACUUUGUUUCUGCUACUUUCGCUGCCAUCAAGAAGACUUACAACUUCAAGACUCCAGAUUUGUGGACCGUCAAUCCUCAACUCGUUUCUCCAUUCGCUGAACACUCAAAGUUCCUUUCUGAAAAGAAGGUUAAGAAGGAAUAUCCAAAGAGAGAAAGAAGAGAAAGAAGAUAAAUCCAUUAUCACUAGAAUAAAAUUAUAAAUUAUUAAAAAAUAAUUAAUUUUUAUGUUAU